AGUCGAGAAUUAUUGGCGGAAAACAGAGAAAUGAAACAUCAGUUGGAGAUGCAAAACAAGACCAUUACACGGUUGAACUUUUCUUACAAUGUCUUGCAGGAAGAAAUGAAGCAAAUGAAAAAUAGAGAACUGGAUGUCAGAAAUAAAACCAGAGAAAUGUCAACAUAUAAUGAUUUAUAUAGAGAACAACUAAAUGACGUCAACAACGCUCUGAGAGAACUUAAAGGUUCCCUGUACGAGGGUCGAUUUCAAAAGAUGGAAAAUACCUUUAAGAAUUAUUCUAAAUCUAUCAAUGAGACACUGGAUAAUUUACUUGAGGAUCAUAAAGUUCUAAAACUGCAGGUUUUGAACGUCUCCUCUUCUCUAUCCGAUGUUCAAUCAAAAGUGUUCCCAAAGGAUUGCUACAAUAUUCAUGAACAAAACAAGUGGCUGAAACGAAAAGAUGGUGUCUAUAAUGUAGUAAUCAAUUCUGACAUCACCUCCGUCUUUUGUGACAUGACUACAGAUGGAGGCGGAUGGACGGUCAUUCAGAAGCGAGAAGAUGAUGACGUUGAUUUUUAUAGGACAUGGAACGAGUACAAACAUGGAUUUGGGAAUGCCUCUAAAAAUUACUGGAUAGGGAAUGAUGCAAUCCAUGCUUUAACCAAAGAUCAGGACCAGGAACUGCGAGUAGAUCUCAAGAGAUUUAAUGGGGACACAGCGUAUGCUGAAUAUUCCACCUUUUAUAUCGGAAACGAGGCUGAUAAAUACCGACUCACAGUAACCGGGUACAACGGAACAGCAGGUGACAGUUUGGAUCCUCAUAAUGGUAUGAGAUUCAGCACGAAAGACCAGGAUAAUGAUAUAGUUAGAUAUAGCUGUGCUAAUUCACAUCACGGUGCCUGGUGGUACUUUGCCUGUACCCACUCAAACCUAAACGGGAAGUAUGCACAGUCUGAAGUGACUAGUUAUAAAUGUCCGUAUUGGUAUCGCUGGACAAAUGGAUAUAAAGCACUAAAAAGGACUGUUAUGAUGAUAAGACGCAAACGCACAAGUAUCCGCAACAGCUCCCAGGCCCGUGCUAAUGUCCUAUGCCACCACACAAAAUGCAGAAAAACACUUGUACAUACCACUGAACAGCAAGGGAUACUGGCUCAACCACCUCAUUUUCAAGAAAUGCAUAUUCUUCAGAGUCCAGUGUGUCUUAUACUUUUCCUGAACGUCGUACAAGUCUCUGCUGACAGUAACAAUCUAGAGAAAUCUAUUUUGGACGGAAGUACGACAUCCGGAGGAAAAGCAUCCAGUGUUUUACGGGACAUCCUUAACCAGGAGAGCCUAGUGAGGUUUUCUAUGGUUCAGAGAAUUCAAAACUUAGUCAUGGAUGUCAUAGACAGCAAAAACAAUUCUCAAAUGACGAAGCAGAAACUGAAAAUCUUGACAACGGAAUUAAAAGAUUUGGAGACAAGAGACAACGGAAUACAAACAGAGGUUACAAAACUUAAGCAAGUGUUACAAGCAUUAAAUGAGACAGUAAGAAAUAAUCAAGAUAAGACAAUGGACAAUGUUCAAGAUCUGAAAGAGAAGGAAUUAGUUUUGAUAAAAAAACAAACGUCAGUCCUCCAGAAAGAAAGUCGAGAAUUAUUGGCGGAAAACAGAGAAAUUAAACAGCAAUCGGAGAUGCAAAACAAGACCAUUACACGGUUGAACAUUUCUUACAGUGUCUUGCAGGAAGAAAUUAAACAAAUAAAAAAUAGAGAACUGGAUAUCAGAAAUAAAACCAGAGAAUUGUCAACAGAAAAUGAUUUAUAUAGAGAACAACUGAAUGAAGUCAAGAACAUUCUGAGAGAACUCAAAGGUUCCAUGUAUGAAGGGCGAUUUCAAAAGAUGGAAAAUACCCUUAAGAAUUAUUCUAAAUCUAUCAAUAAUACACUGGAUGGUUUACUUGAGGAUCAUAAAGUUCUAAAUAUGCAGGUUUUGAACGUCUCCUCUUCUCUGUCUGCAGUUAAAUUAAAAUUGCACUCGAAAUCAUGCAACGAUAUCUUGGAACAAAAUAAUACAUUGAAAGGAAAAGAUGGCGUCUAUGAUAUUUUGAUUAAUUCAAACAUCACUUCCGUCUUUUGUGACAUGACUACGGAUGGAGGCGGAUGGACUGCUAUACAGAAAAGAACAGACGGAACAACUGAUUUUUAUCGGACUUGGGAAGAAUAUAGACAUGGUUUCGGGGAUCCAAAGAAUAACUACUGGAUUGGGAAUGACGCAAUCCAUGCUUUAACCAAAGAUCAGGACCAGGAACUGCGAGUAGAUCUCCAGAGAUAUAAUGGGGACACAGCGUAUGCUGAAUAUUCCAAGUUUUAUAUCGGAAACGAGGCUGAUAAAUAUAAACUCAUAGUAUCCGGAUACACAGGAAGUGCAGGUGACAGUUUGGCUUAUCACAGUGCAAUUAAGUUCAGUACAAAGGAUCAGGACAACGACGGGGAUAGUCGUAACUGUGCUACAACAUAUCACGGAGCCUGGUGGUACGACUCCUGUCACCACUCAAACCUUAACGGACAGUACACCCAGUCUGCUGUGUCUGAUUAUAAAUACCCGGUAUGGGGUCAGUGGAAAGGAACUGAAGCUUUAAAACAGACUGUGAUGAUGAUAAGAUACAAAAACUAGAGUUAAUGUA